AUGCAGAAUAUGGAGGUGACCCCCCUGGGUGGCCCUCCCGGUCGCGGCAGCGAGAACGCCGGCGGUGGCUCGGGUGCCCUUGCCGAGCUCACCACUGCCCAGCUCUACGGGUACAUCAUCGAGCAGCUGGUGGCCGACGGGUACUCCCAGGUCGCCAUGGCCGUCUCGGUCGCCUCGGGUGUGCCUGCACAGGCCUCGCUCCGUCGCCCUGGUGGUGACGGCGAGUCCGGCCGCUCGGCAGAGGCCGCCCUCGGCCCCACCUCGGGUCAGCAAGCCUCUGGCCCAGAGGCAGACGGCGAGUCCUCCUCGCUCUUCGAGCUGGUGGCCCUCGGCCUCAAGGCCAAGCACACGGGUGUGCUGGACAAGCUGACUGCUGCAGGAUCGGUCAACCUCGCCCUGGACGAGUCCAUGAAGCGGACCAUGGCCGAGCCGGCGCCGGGCUACAUCUCCAACUACGUGUCCAAGCACAACGACGCGGUGCUGGCCACGGCGUUUUCGCGCGACGGUCUGUAUCUGGCCACGGGCUCGGCGGACAUGUCGCUCAAGCUGAUGGAUGUGGCGCGGAUGAAGCGGGUGCACACUACGGGACAUCGCGAGUUUGGCCGCAACCCAUCGAGUCAUCCGGUGGUGCAGACGUUCUACGACCACGCGAGCGCGGUGCUCGACCUGGCCUUCCACCCGUUCCAGCCCAUCCUGGUCUCGGGCUCGGGCGACUGCUCCAUCAAGCUGUUCAAGACGACGACUGGUGUCAACCGGGCGUUCUCUGUCAUGCAGGACGCGCACGCCGUCAACAGCCUCGCUUUUCACCCGUCGGGCGACUUUCUGCUCGCCGGCACGGCCGACGCCGCCCUUCGUGUCUACGACAUGGAGACGCACAGCUGCUUCAUCUCGGCUGACACCGACAACUUCCACACCUCGGGCAUCAACUCUGUUGCUUACGAUAACUCGGCGAACCUGUACGUCACCGGCUCCUCCGAUGGCUCGAUCAAGGUCUGGGACGGCGCCAACGCCACGGUGGUUAACACCAUUGCCGGCGGCCACUCGGGCGCGCCGGUCACGUCGGUCCAGCUCUCGUCCAACGGCCGCUAUCUCCUUAGCUCUGGCCUCGACUCGACGGUUCGCCUCUGGGAGGUCUCCACCGCCAAGUCGGUCCAGGUCUACAACCAACAUGUCGCCACCAUGCCGUCGCCGGCCACCUUUAACUUUCACGAGAAGCACAUUCUUGUCUCUGACGAGGCCCGCGGCGGCAUCGCCAUCUACGAUGUCCACACCGCGCAGAUCGUGUCAACGCUGCCUGGUCACAAGCAGCCGGUCUCGUCGAUCACAGCCUCGCCCACCGAGGAUGCGUUUGCCUCGGGCUCACUUGACAACUUUGCCCGCUACUGGAGCGCCUAGCGUACAAUAACAAACAAGCACACCCGCUCA